AUGAAGAUUAGUUUUGCGGACCUCUGCAAACUGCCUCCAAACAGCUGCUGUGCCAUUUUUGAUGAGUCUGCACGUAAGGAUGAUGAGGUGUUCCGGCUUGCUGUUGCUGACCUCAACUUGAACAACGAGAUUUUGGAGACGGAGAAAGUGACCAUCUCUGUUGAGUUUGUGGAUGGGAACAACCCUUUCCAGGCCGUACAAGAAGGUUAG